GAUGCAGAGAGACUUCACCCUUAAAUAUGUAUGUACAAGUAUUAACAUAUGUAUGUAUGUACAUACAUACAUACAUAUGCUGCCAUUCUUCAAAAUAGAAACACUUCUGAAGCAAAUCAUGCUCGAUGUAGAAAGCGGACAUAUCAAACACAUAAAUAUACUAAUAUUUCCUUAAUAAUUGUGAAAGUUAAGCAAACAUUCGAACACUAAAAUAAAUCCAAUUAGAUGUUAAGCAAAAUGUUAUUCAUCCUCUUGCAUUGUGUUAGCCUUCAUUAUUUAUUAAAUGUAGUAUCAACAUCGAAAUUAGUGGAAUCAAAUAUAUUAGAAGCACAAAACUAUGGAUUUCAGCAUUCGUCCGGAAUUUGUCAUCUUUACAAUGGGUCGGUUUGCAUUGAAUAUUUAAAAAAUGCAUAUGUUUUUAUUUCACCUAACCUGACUAUGAACGAUUUGGAAGAAAAGUUAAAAGCCGCUUAUGGGGUAAUAAAAGAAUCUAAAGAUAUGAAUUCCAACUGUCGAGUCUACGCACUGCCGAGCUUGUGUUUUAGCUCCCUUCCUAUAUGCCGAACUCCAGAACGCACUAAUUUACUGUUUUUUGCAAAUGUAGCAACAAAAACGCAACAUGUAAAUUUUUCAACAAACCGAGCACGUAAGAAACGUUUCUCGAAAACAUCUUCAAAGAAUGCAAAAAUAUUUUUAAAAAGAAAAUCAGUUGUGAGCUAUGAUAACAACGUUUUUGGAACAGAUAUAUCUAGUCAGUACCCACCAACAAGAGAAUCUGAAAAUUUAAAACGUAUUUGCCGAGAAGAAUGCGAACUCUUAGAAAAUGAAUUGUGCCAAAAAGAAUAUGCUAUUGCUAAACGUCAUCCGGUUAUUGGCAAAAAGCUUCCAUUGGAGGAGUGCCAAAGCUUGCCACACCACAAGGAUUGUUCUUCUCUAGGAAUAACAAUAGAUGUAGAUAAUACUGAAGAUUGUUAUUGGGAAGAUGGCUCUAGUUACAGAGGAAUUACAGAAGUAUCUUCGACGGGAAAGACUUGUUUGAGAUGGUCAUGGCUAAUGAAAGAAAUUUCUGAUUUUCCAGAGCUCAUAGGUCAAAAUUAUUGUCGAAAUCCAGGCGGCGUGGAAAGUAGCCCUUGGUGUUUUGUUGAUGAUACAUCUUUUGAACGCAUAAUUGAACCUUGUAAUAUCCCGAAAUGUGCGGAGAAAAUGUGGCUCAAUGCGAUUCUCAUUACAGCAGCAGCCUUAUUUUUUAUUGUAGCAAUAUUUUCAGUUGUUUUCAUAAAAAGGAAAAAAGCCUAUGGAAUGAGGAACAUACGAAAUAUCAACACACCUAAUGCUGAUAAAAACAUAUAUGGGAAUUCACAACUAAAUUCGAUUCCAGAAGCGGGACGAAUUAGUUUAACCAAUAUUUUGGAAGGUGUACCAUUAUCUUCAAAAAAUAUUGAAAAGAACCCACUUCUUAAAAUACCACAUUUAACAUUACAAGAUGUUGAAUUUUUCGAGGAACUUGGAGAAGGCGCCUUUGGAAAAGUAUACAAAGGCCAACUUACACAAAGUAGCGGAACAAAAAUGUUUGUUGCUAUAAAGGCCCUAAAGGAGAAUGCUUCUGUUAAAACACAACAAGACUUCAAACGCGAAAUCGAACUAAUUUCGGACCUAAAACAUCAAAAUAUAGUUUGUAUUCUAGGUGUGGUUUUAAACAAAGAACCGUACUGUAUGAUUUUUGAAUACAUGUCCAACGGAGAUUUGCACGAGUUCUUAAUAUCAAACUCGCCAAGCGAAAAUAAAUCCCUGACACAAUUAGAACUCUUAAAAAUAUCAAUGCAAAUUAGCGAAGGCAUGGAAUACUUAUCUGCGCACCAUUAUGUUCAUCGCGAUUUGGCCGCACGGAAUUGCUUAGUAAGCGAUGGAUUAAUCGUUAAAAUUUCAGAUUUUGGAUUGUCAAGAGACAUUUAUAGCUCUGAUUAUUAUAGGGUCCAAUCUAAAAGUUUACUUCCUGUACGAUGGAUGCCAUCGGAGAGCAUUUUAUAUGGAAAAUUUACAACUGAAAGCGAUAUAUGGUCAUUUGGAGUAGUGCUUUGGGAAAUUUAUAGUUAUGGAAUCCAGCCUUAUUAUGGACAUAGUAAUCAGGAAGUAAUCAACUUAAUUCGUUCCCGACAAUUGCUGCCUUGUCCGGAAAUAUGUCCGAGUGCUGUUUAUUCCCUAAUGGUAGAAUGCUGGCAUGAACAAUCGGUUAAAAGACCAACAUUUUCCGACAUAUCUAGUCGGUUAAGAACAUGGUUUGAUGGACACAUAAAAAUGAAUAGUUUGAAUACAUAGGUUUUUAUUAAAACUCUGUACUACACGUAUUAUUCAAGUAGUUCAUUACGCAUAGACAUAUAGUAUGUGCAAUAAAAACAUACUAAUCAUAUUUAUAA